AUGUCUGUCUUAGAAAUUGCAAAGGAAUUACUCGAUGAACAGUUAAAAAAAAAUCCUAAUAUCAGAAAAACUCAUAAUAAGCCUACAAUUUACGAAAAUCCUCUCUUGUUUCAAAGACCGCCAUUCCCACCAUUGAUAAACCUUGAUGAAAAUGUUAAAUUAAAACAUGAUGGCACUGUUCCAACAAUGUCAUCUAAUUCCUUUAUGAUUUAUCGCAAGUAUUAUAUCGAUAAUCUCAAAUCACAAAAUGUAAAAAUUCCAAUGAUGACAAUAUUUUCACCUGUCAUUGCUAAUUCUUGGAAAAAUGAACCUUUACAUCAAAUUAUUUAUGAUCUCGAUACUGAAGUGAUCUUUCUAAAAUCCUCACAUAUGACUAAAAAAGAAAACAUUAAAAAAAAUCAAAAUGAUAAACUCGAAUAUGGAAAUGAAUUUUUUUUCAAUGAAAAUAAUGAUAAUGAAUAUUUACCUAAAGAAUUUGAAAAAAAUAAAGAUAACACAAUUUAUUAUCUAGAUAGAUUUAUUCCUAUUAAACAAGAUAUCGAAAAACAAAAAGAUUCUUAUAUUCAUUAUCCAGAAUAUUUAUUUAAUAAUAAUGAAUAUAAGAAAAGAUUGUAUUGGUACCAUGUUAGUAAUCGUUAUUAUUUUUUAAAAUAUAAUCAUCGUACUUAA